ACAUUGAGAACAAGUGAUGAGAGAUAAACUACUUUGCGCUCAGGGAGCCGCUCAACUGGUGAUAUCCUGAAUGUUUGUUUUCGCAUAUUUAGAAGGGAAAAAAGUAAAGAAAAAAAGAACCAACGUGCAUCUUCUCGGGGCAUAUUUAAAGAAAAAGGCGCAUCUACCACACGUUUUCCCCAUUUUUCUUUCCAUUUUGAGCAUAAAUUGUGAUUGGACAAAAUAUCGUGCAGGAUUUCAACCGCGUCAAAGGAGUGGGGCUGCGACACCAAGAUGCCUUAAAGCUGGAGUUUAACUUUUCCACGGAGUUCCUAUGGAAUAUAGUCCAUUUUUACACAUCUUACAUGUUGUGCCAUCAUCCCACGUGAGGAAUAAACUAUUUGUUUUCUGCAUCAUGUUGUCCCUCUGGGUCUACAUGAUAUAUUGCUGCGUUGGCUACUGCUCUACAGUCCCAAACCUGACGUACAGCCCGGUGAGGAGACACGAGAAUGACGCUGCGGCUGACAAUCGAGACUCAUCUCUGGGAGCGUCCAGGGACCUACUGAAUAACGAGAAUGAGUUGGACAGCAGGGGAGACGAGUGGAACGAAGUGAGAAGCGAGGCUAAGGCGGUGGAUGAUAACGCCAUGUCAGGUUUUCUUAAUGAGACGGAGAGCAAAAAGUUGCCCCAAGCUAUUAUCAUCGGGGUGAAGAAAGGAGGGACCCGGGCGCUGCUGGAGUUUCUGCGGCUGCAUCCAGACAUCAGGGCGGUGGGAGCAGAGCCGCACUUCUUCGACCGCAACUACGACAAGGGACUAGAGUGGUACAGGGAACUGAUGCCCAAGUCGUCAGAGGACCAGUUGACCAUGGAGAAGACCCCCAGCUACUUUGUCACAAGAGAAGUCCCAUCUCGGAUCUACUCCAUGUCUAAAGACACCAAACUGAUCGUUGUUGUACGAAAUCCUGUCACCCGAGCCAUCUCGGACUAUACCCAAACCCGCUCCAAAAAGCCGGACAUCCCCUCCUUUGAGAGCCUCACUUUUAAGAACAUAUCAGCAGGUCUGAUUGACACCACAUGGAGCGCUGUUCAGAUCGGCAUGUACGCCAGACACCUUGAACAGUGGCUCCAAUUCUUCCCCAUGGAGCAGUUGCUGUUUGUUAGUGGAGAGCGUCUCAUUACCGACCCUGCGGGUGAGAUGGCUCGUGUUCAGGACUUCCUUAGACUUCGGAGGGUGGUCACGGAGAAGUAUUUCCACUUUAACCCAACAAAAGGAUUCCCUUGCCUUAAAAGACCAGAGUUGAACACCAAGCCACACUGCCUGGGAAAAACCAAAGGCAGGACCCAUCCGAAUAUUGACCCGCAGGUUGUGAGGACUUUAAGGGAUUUCUAUAAACCCUUCAAUAGGAAGUUUUACAAGAUGACUGGUCACAACUUUGGCUGGGAUUAAGCAAGAUAUGACAGACUAAUGCUGGUUCUUUGUCUGUGUUUUUUUAAUAAUCAUUCAGGACAUAUUGUGAUACAGUGUAUGUACAAUAUUUAGCUGUGUGUAAAAAGUUCAGAAGUCUAUUUUAUAAUAAUUUAUUGUUAAGAUAUUAAGUCACAAAGCUGCCUGAUCAGUUUAUUCGUGUUUUCAAGUCCCAUGAGGUGUUUUUUUCCAGAAGCACAGGUAUUUUAAGGUAUUUUCAACCUAAACGUUUUUUGCCUUUUGUUUCACCCUAAUCAGAUUAGGAUUCAGCUCCCCAACAAACUGGUAAUAUCCCCUUAACAUUAGCCUGACCCUCAGAGGACUGUGCACCCACUUAGGUGGGUCGAUAUAGACCUCAGCUGAUCCUGUGCAACUUGCCAGGUGGAUCAAUACAGUAAUAGGUCCUCAUCAUGUCAAUUAGGCCUGAGUGAUGGCAUCUCCUUGAUCUUGUGUGUCUCAUUAUAACAUCUGUCUAUCAGUAGCACAAUGCUUUUGGUUGAGCCGUAAGCCAAAGUCAAGUUGAUAUAAAAUUAUAUAUGAUCGUUUUUUUUUACUUUAUUAUCUUAUUAUAUUUAUCCAAAAGGGAGUCCAGGCACAACACCAUGGGGGAUAUUAUUAUCAGUUUUUCAUGAAAUUGCUCCUCAGUUUUUAUAAUGCCUAAACACAAGAUUAUUUUAUGAGAAAAGCCAUACAGCUCAGUUACAUGUAUUGAUCCGUAUUGAAACUGCUGGGAUUUAUUGCUCUGCGCAGCUUUUUUUACUGCAGUGUGUUAAUUAUGCACUGUUCCCAUAAAAAAAAAAACGAGCAUCUCUUUCUCAACCUUCAGUGACACCUGACAGGAUUUAAUAUAUACCCUGCUACUUCUGAGGUUUCUCUGUUAACUUUGGUUUUAUGGCUGAGUUUUAUUCAGCCUCAAUUGACAUGCCUUUGUGAGCUUUUUUUGGCAUCAGCCAGUAUUCACUAUUCACAAUCUGCAGCCAUGUGGGAAAGGCACUAUGCUGUAUGGACUGAUUUACAACACAAACACUGAAAUCAAACAGUUUCAAAUGAGAUCUUGAUGCAAAUCUGCAGUCAUGUGGGUUUUAUGAAGUAGAAAAUAAAUCUUUUUUGCCAGUA